GUCACCAUGGUGAAACCCUUAAUAAAUUGUGGCAAAGAAGAGGAACUUGCAGAAACAAGGAAACGAUUUGUGUCCAUUGAACUUAGACGCGAGCGUACUGAAACCUAGCCCGGACGUGUUCCCGUUAAGAAAAUCGGAUUGAAUAUCGGCGACAGGUCCGAAGCUUAAAGUGUAGGUUUCGUUUUUGCUCAAACAGAAACGCACACCAACACGCAAUUGCUUUUGUUUUGCUUGUUUUACUUAAUUUGAGUAGAUUGAUCGCUGCUGGAGGUGGCAUGCGCUAGCUUCCGGGGCCUUGCUUGCGGAUUUCUCUUCGUUUUUGCUGAAGAUUCUGUGCAAAAUGGAUUGGGUAGCCAGUUGCAAGGAAAAAUUGCAAUAUUUCCGUUUAAAAGAGCUCAAAGAUGUGCUCACUCAUUUGGGACUUUCAAAACAGGGAAAGAAGCAGGAUCUUGUUGAUAGGAUUUUAGCUAUUCUCUCAGAGGACCAAGUUUCCAAAUUGUGGACCAAGAAGAAUGCUGUUGGAAAACAACAAGUGGCCAAAUUAGUGGAUGAGACGUAUAGAAAGUUGCAGGUAUCUGGGGCCAUUGAUCUAUCAUCAAAGGGACAGGGUGCCUCAGAUAGCAGUAAUGGGAAAAUUAAAGGUGAAAUUGACAAUUCCUUUCAAUCAGAUACGAAGAUUCGCUGUCUCUGUGGAAAUGUAUUAGAUACAGAGCCAUUGGUCAAGUGUGAAGAUACAAAAUGCCAUGUGUCGCAGCACAUCAACUGUGUUAUUAUUCCAGAGAAACCUAUGGAUGGAAUCCCACCCGUUCCUGAUAAAUUCUACUGUGAAAUAUGUCGACUCGAUCGGGCAGACCCGUUUUAUGUUUCAGCAACACACCUAUUGUUUCCAGUGAAGUUGACCACAACCAAUAUUCCCACCGAUGGAACCAAUCCGGUACAGAGUGUGGAAAGAACGUUUCAACUCACAAGAGCAAACAAGGAGCUGGUAUCAAAAUCAGAAUAUGAUGUUCAGGUUUGGUGUAUGCUUUUGAAUGACAAGGUUUCAUUCAGGAUGCAAUGGCCACAAUUUGCAGAUCUAAAGGUCAAUGGUCUUCCUGUUCGUGCAAUUAACAGACCUGGUUCACAGUUGCUUGGGGCUAAUGGUCGUGAUACUGGUCCAGUUAUCACGCCAUAUACAAAGGACGGAAUUAACAAGAUUUCCUUAACAGGGUGUGAUGCUCGCAUAUUCUGUUUAGGGGUCCGUAUUGUUAAAAGACUCAGCAUGCCAGAGGUCCUAAGCAUGAUUCCAGAGGAGUCUGAUGGUGAGCGUUUUGAAGAUGCUCUUGCACGUGUCUGUUGUUGUGUUGGGGGUGGAAAUGCAAAUGAUAAUGCUGAUAGUGAUAGUGAUUUGGAAGUUGUUUCAGAUACUUUUAGCAUCAAUCUCCGUUGCCCAAUGAGUGGUUCAAGAAUGAAGAUUGCAGGAAGAUUCAAACCUUGUGUUCACAUUGGUUGUUUUGAUCUUGAAGUUUUUGUGGAAAUGAAUGAACGGUCAAGGAAGUGGCAGUGCCCCAUAUGCGUUAAAAAUUAUGCUUUGGAGAAUAUGAUUAUUGACCCUUACUUCAAUCGCAUCACUACUCUGAUGAAAAAUUGUGGUGAAGAGAUUGCAGAGGUUGAGGUGAAGCCUGAUGGUUGUUGGCGUGUCAAGGCUAAGAAUGAAAGUGAACGCCAGGAGUUGGGGACUCUUGCUCAAUGGCACCAUCCUGAUGGAUCCCUCAUUGUUUCGACUGAUGAAGUCAAGAGCAUGGAAAAUUUAAAGCUCAAACAGGAAGGUCUUUCAGAUAGUCCUAUUGCUGGCUUAAAACUUGGCAUCAGGAAGAAUAGUAAUGGUGUUUGGGAAGUCAGCAAACCUGAGAACACAAACACCUCUUCUGGUAAUAAUAGAUUGAAUGAGGAUUUUGAAAAUCAUGAACAUGUUAUUAUUCCAAUGAGCAGCAGUGACACUGGAAGUGGCCGGGAUGAAGAUGAUCCUAGCAUAAAUCAGGGUGGUGGUGAGCAUAUUGGUUAUUCUACUACCAAUGGGAUUGAAAUGAAUUCUGUGUUUAACAAUAAUAUAGAUUCAGCUUAUGGAUAUACUGUUAAUAACGCAUCUGCUACGAUGGGUGAUGCAAAAAUUAUUAUUCUUAGUGAUUCAGAAGAAGACAGUGAUGUAUUGAUUUCUCAUACUCCUAUAUCUGGGUACAGAAAUAAUCAAACUAGUGAUGCAGUUGAUGUUUACUCCGUGCUACAGCCUGGAAUUAUUGAUCCAUAUACAGAAGAUCACAAUCCUGGUGGAAAUCCGACCUUGGGAGUUUUUAAUAAUCCCAGUGAAGAUGAUUUUGGGAUGCCCCCCCUCUGGCCAUUGCAAUCUGGAACUCCGGCAGUCUCAGGAUUCCAAUUAUUCAGUUCUGAAGUGGAGGAUGUUUCAGAUGCAUUGAUUGAUUUGCAUCAUGGCAAUAUUAAUUGUUCCUCAUCAUUGAAUGGUUAUAUGUUGGCUCCUGAUACUGCUUUGGGAUCUAGCACUCUGGUACCAGAUUCCUCAGCAGGUCGACCUGAUGAUGAUUUAAAUGGUGGCUUGGUUGACAAUCCACUGGCAUUUCCAAGAGAAGAUCCAUCCCUUCAGAUUUUUCUCCCUCCAAAACCAGCAGAAUCAUCUAUGCAGCAUGAACUGAGAGAUCAUGCAGACAUGUCAAAAGGUGUCUUCAUUGAGGAUUGGAUCUCUCUUCGUCUUGGAGGCAGUACCAGUGGCAGUAAUGGUGACAUUUCCACUGCAAAUGGAUUGAAUUCCAGACAGCAAAUUACACCCAGAGAAAAUGCUGGAGAUUCUUUGACAGAUGCCGCUCCUUUGCUUCCUGGUAUGAAUGAUGUUAGAUCUGAAAAGGCAAGUAGGCAAAGAUCAGAUAUCCCUUUCUCAUUUCCCCGCCAAAAACGUUCAGUAAGGCCCCGCCCAAAUCUUCCUUCAGAUUCCGAGUAGAGGAAAUGGAAGAUGAUGUGGUCUGAGGCACCUCUUGGUAUUGUUUCCCCAUUGAUGGUGAGGGUGUUGGCAGCAAAGAUUCCCAAUUCUUUAUGCUUGAUAUUCAAGUCAUAUGACAUACUGAAAGGUCAGGUCAGGUCAGGGGCAUGCUAUUAUUCCCAUUUUCAGCGAGGAACUGAUGAUACUGGUUAUAGUGCUGUAAAGAAAUAUUAUAUCUGAAAUUUUGUUUCUGCCGAGAGUAACUAACCUGUAAAUGUUAAGCCAUCAGAUUUAAUAGUAAAAGCUAAAAUAGUUUAAUCUUAUUCAUACCCAGGUAGACGCCCAAUUUUGUAACAUAUGGUUGCCAAUAUUUGUAAUAUAUUUAGGCAUUAAGGUUGCCUCCUGGAUUGUAAUCCUGGUGAGUAUAAAUAUUUUUACCGUCUUCCUGUGUAUUUAGUAUGCACAGCUGGAGUAAAAUAGUUGAAAUAUGACCUUCAAUAUACCGAAAAAAAUUUGUGCCCCUGGAUAGAUGCUGUUAGACAAAUGUUAAAAGUAAAUUGCAACUGUAUGGGUAGAUUAUUUGCCUGUUUUGGAGCUGGGGAAGAAGCAGGAAUUUUAUGUUGUAAAGUCCCGGAUUUAUUUUAAUUGAUGUUCAAGUUUAC